AUGUGGAGGGCAUCGUGGCUUCUCGCUGCCUGCCUGGCCUCGCCAUUGGCAGUGGCUGCUCGCAUGCCAGUCGCGUUCCAAGUCGACGCCUCUGUUUCCGCGUCCACUUCCGCCCAGGUCUUUACGCUGCAAAUAACCUGGGAGCAGUAUGCGCCGCUGGGUAUACCACGGAAGAUGCUGCUUGUCAAUGGCCAGACACCAGGUCCUGAGCUCCAGUUUAAACAAGACGAUAGUGUCGCCGUCCACGUUGUCAACGACUCGCCCUUCAACACCACAAUGCAUUUCCACGGUCUGGAAAUGCAGGGCACCCCUUGGUCCGACGGCGUACCGGGAGUGACGCAGCAUCUCAUCGCUCCAGGGAAAAGAUUCACUUACAAAUUCAAGGCGACACAGCAUGGAAACUAUUGGUACCACUCUCAUGCUCGCGAUCAAAUCGAAGACGGUCUAUAUGGUUCCAUAUUCAUUCAUUCUCGGCCAAGAACAAAUACCCCGUUCCACCUCAUCUCUCCUACCGCGGGUAAUGUUAGCGCCCUGAUGGCAGCGGAGAAGAGCUCCAAGGCCAUCGCCGUCUUUGAUCUGAUGCAUAUUACUUCUCAAGAGAAAUGGGAAAUUACGUUGGCUUCGGGAAUCGAGAUUCCCUGCUACGACCGCAUCCUGUUCAACGGCAAGGGCCGUGUUCAGUGCCUCGCUGCUGAUGAGAUGCAGGCGAACCUCACGCCGCCACAAAAGGGCGACCUUGCAUUGGUUCCGCAGUCAACUCUGACAGACAGAGGAUGCUUCCCUCCCAAGGUCAUGGCUGCUUUUGGCGGCGAUAUGUCACACUUCAACGAGAGCGCCAUCCCGCACAGCGUUUUUUACGACUGCCAAAACACGACUAAUCCGGUAGAAACCUUUGCUGUAUUCCAGAAUAGCUGGGUGUCGUUCAAUAUUCUCGGGUCCACCAACUUUGCAACCGGCGCCUUCUCCAUCGACGAGCACGACAUGUGGGUAUACGCCGUUGACGGCAGCUACAUCGUGCCGCUCAGAGUACAAGCCAUCCCGCUGUCUAAUGGUGAGCGCUACUCUGUGCUCGUGCGGCCAACAAAAGCAGGCGCGUUCAAAAUCCGCUACAACGCCAUGAGCGCGCCGCAAAUGAUUGACGGCUACGCUGUGCUCUCCGUCAGCGGCACGAACCCUAGGACCCUUGACCAGUCGGCGCCGUGGGUGUCCAUCUCGGGCAAUCCGUUAACCCCCGGCGUCGUCUUCUACAGCGACGGUGACGCCCGUCCGUACCCCGCAGAGCCGAUACCUGCAUCUGCCGACGAGCUGCACAUUCUUAACAUGAAGCUUGACGGCGCCUCGUACCUGUGGGCCAUGAACAGCACCCGUUUCCAGCCGGAUGAGAUGGACUCUCGUACGCCGCCAUUUCUGUUCCAGCGACCCGAAGCCCAUGCUGAUAGUAACGUGACGCUGGCCACGCGCAACAACACCUGGGUCGACCUUGUUCUGUUCGCGUCCAUGUUCCCCAUGCCACCGCAUCCGAUCCACAAGCACGGCAGUAAGAUGUAUAUGAUUGGGUCGGGCACCGGAAAGUUCAAGUGGGCAUCGGUGGAUGAGGCCGUAAAAGAGGUCCCAGACAGGUUCAAUCUCGUGGAUCCGCCGCGCAGAGAUACGUUUGCAACGCUGGUGGCCAGAGGCGAUACCAGCUGGAUCGUGGUGCGCUAUCACGUCACCAAUCCCGGCGCGUGGCUUCUGCACUGCCAUAUCAGUAACCACAUGAUGGGCGGUAUGAUGAUGGUGCUGCUGGAUGGUGUGGAUGCUUGGCCCACAGUGCCGCAUGACUACAUCAGUCCUUAG